GUUAUCAACUGCAGCAGCUUGAAGUUAUGGGAAAUGUCGUCUGUACUACUACUUAGUUGGAACUGACACAUGAGUUAUGGUCCAGGUACUGACCAUCUCGGACGCCGGUCGACACUGACAGUUUUCAUUCCACCGUUAGGCAGAACUAUGUUUCAUAUCGUAGGUCUUGGCACUAGGCCGUGGAUAUACUUUCAGGUCCUUUCAUAAAGCAAAAAUAGUCUUAUCAACCACAUGGACGAACGCCAGCUGAGUGCAAUGCAUAACGCCCGGUCUUCUAGUUUGGUAGACUGCACUGUGCAGUUAAGCACUCUACACUUACUCCCCGGUGUUGACUUGUUAACCUUCAGACUGCAUUCAUUUUUUGGCUUAUCGUCUCACGUUCACCCCACACAGCUCGCAGAAGCGCUUUCGUUUGCAUGCACAAGGUCGGAGAAGCACCUGACGUUCCAAAAUAUCAUGCCGGAUAAGAAUUUUCAUAAAAGCUCGGAUCAACAGAAUCCAACAUCGUAUCUGCGUGACAUGACCUCCAACGGCAUCCACGAGAGUGGUAUCUCUAACCAUCACGACCUCGCUUCUUCUGCCAUGAAGGAGAAGUAUUCGUCAUCAGCUGGUGAUGAUAUAUCUACGGUUGAGCGUAACUCUCAGGAUGAUGAUAGUGGAGAGUUCGUGUCUGGUGGUCGUUUCAUUAACACCGACGACCCUUUCCCCCUCGAUCCCGAUGCUCCUGUGGAAGAGAGACAGUUGACCGUAAGGGCUCUACUUGUUGGCUGCCUCCUAGGGGCAGUUAUUUCCGCAAGUAACGUUUAUCUAGGUUUGAAGACGGGGUGGACCUUCGGUGCAUCACUAUUUGGAUCAAUAUUCGGCUUCGCUAUCCUCAAGUCCUUCUCUACCACGGCACCACGAUGGCUUGGAGGCGGCUAUUUUGGUCCCAAGGAAAACAACGUAUGCCAAUCUGCAGCAUCUGCUGCUGGUAGUCUUGGACUGCUUUUUACCUCUGGCUUCCCUGCUGCGUACCAGCUUGGACUUCUCGGCGCAACUCCUCGGGAUGACAUUGGUCGGCUAUUCACGUUCACUAUUUGCUGCGCUUUCUUUGGUCUUGCAUUUUCGAUCCCGCUCCGGAAGUUCUAUAUUUUGAAGCUCAAGCUCGUGUUUCCUUCCGGAGUUGCCGCAGCGUACACGAUUCGCUCGCUUCACGUGGGCAAAAACGCUGCGAGGGAUGCUAAGAAGAAGACCAAGGCAUUGUUGAUCUCUUUCUGUUUUGCGAUUACUCUGCGCGUCGUCAGCGAAUACGCUCCUGGGCUUCUUUGGGACUGGCAUAUUUUUUAUGCGCUCAAUCGACUGGGGUGGAAUGACAUCAUCGCCGCAGAGAGUUGGGGAUGGAUUUGGGAAUGGACGCCAGCGUUUAUUGGUGCAGGAAUGCUCACAGGUAUCAACUCAUCAUACAGUUUCUUGGGUGGUAGCUUCCUCGCAUGGGCUAUCAUCGGCCCUGUCAUUGUCCACACGGGCAAGGCCUUCGGUAUUCCGGCAGUUACAUCCAUCCCGGGGCAGAUGAAUUAUGCAUCCAUGUCUCUGACCGAUCCCAUUAACCACCCGUCGCCACGCUACUGGCUGGUCUGGCCAGGCACACUCAUGUUACUUUGCACGAGUUUCACAGAAGUUGCCUGCAACUGGAAGUCCAUUUACUCUGCUGCGCGCGUUGCGAUAGGUGCACUCACGGAACGUUUCCGCGGAGAUUCCUUCGAAAAGACCGAUGUAGAAGAGAUCGUGGAUCCUGUACCACCGGAAGACCGCGUUCCAUUCUGGCUCUGGGGUGGUGUGCUCGUCGGUAGCAUCAUAGUCACAUGUGUCGUCAUGGGUGUUCAGUAUGGCCAGAAUGUCGGUAUCACGAUUCUUGCUAUUGUCUUCGCAUUCAUGUUUAGCUUCAUUGGUUGUGAGAGUGCUGGCCGCACAAACAUCAAUCCAGUGACAUCCAUUGGUAAUGCUUCUCAGCUAGUUUUUGGUGGUAUUGGAAAAGGGAGAGGGUACUCAGUUAAAAGAGGAGAGCUCCUGAACUCGUUAUCAGGAAUGCUUGCUUUGGGUGCUGCUGAGCAAGCUGCUGACAUGAUUAGCGAUCUCAAAGCGACUCAUCUUCUCAGGGCGUCCCCAAAAGCUGUCUUUUGCGGUCAGCUGACCGGCGCCAUCGUGUCCAUCUUUAUGGCCGCUGGCGUCUACGUCAUUUUCUCGACUGCGUAUCCAUGCAUCAAUGAUCUCUCCUACACUACUUGCAGCUUCCCGACACCUGAUGUGCAAUCUUGGAGGGCAGUCGGAGUUGCGGUCUCAUCAUCUACCCUUCCCAUCCCACCGUCAUCAGGAUAUACAGCCAUAGGGUUGGGCAUCGCGGCUGUGAUUUCGGUUGUGGCGAAGCACACUGUUGUCCCGCCUAAAUAUCAUAUUUGGGUUCCGAACUUUAACGCCAUCGGUAUCGGUUUCAUCAUGAAUGUAUGCACCUAUCCUUUGGCCAUGUUCUUCGGCUCUACGAUUGCUUUCUUCUGGCGCAGAAAGUAAGUAUUUCUCCCACCCUCAUUGUCAUGAUUUCAUAGGCUUUGCAGGUUUUUCGGCCACUACGAGAUGUACUGCUUUGCUAUUGCUGCCGGGUUCAUUGCUGGGGAAGGGUCUGGGCGGCAUCGUGAAUGCAGUAUUGACGAUUGCAGGUGUUUCGGGUGCUGUAUACGGAACGACAGUUGGCUGUCCAGGGGGUCCUGUAUUGUGGUUAAGCACAAGUUAUCCUAUCCCUCGGUGGGCAAUGUACUGAUAUGUAAUUUUAACGAUGGGUUACAAGUCGAAUGAAUAUUCAUUCACUGCACGGUCGAUUAAACGUGUUUCAGUUCAUUUUACUUGUUGGUGUGUUGACACUUCAACGGCAAGCUCAGCCGUUGGGCCAACGAAAUCAUCCG